AUGUAUCCUUUAAAAAAAUUGGUUCCUAAAAUCAAGUUCACUCAAGAAGAGGAUGAUCGACUUAUUGAAGUUAUUGAACGUCUUGGUACACGAGAUUGGGAAGGUAUAGCUCAAGAGAUGAAACACCAAACUCCACGUCAAUGUCGCGAACGAUGGAACAAUUAUUUAUCACCAUCUAUCACUAGCGAUCCAUGGACAAGUCAAGAAGACGAACUACUUGAUUCACUUUAUGACGAGUUUGGUUCUAAGUGGUCAAAAAUUGCGGAAUAUUUCCCCAACAGAUCAGCAAACGGCAUUCGAAAUCGAUAUAAAUUACGUCAAAGAAGAAUUCUGAAAGAAAAGAAAAAAGCCGAAAAAUUAUUAAAAAAUAAUCAAAAUAAAAAUCAUGAAUCAAACAAGAAUGAUAUCAAAGGGAACACUGAUAUCUCUGAAAAAUCAAUUGAUGAAAUUCUCUUGAAAAAGAAUGAAGAUUUAUAUUCAUUAUUUGAAGAUGGGACUGAUCAUUAUCAGAUCUUUUUUGGAACAUGUUCUUAA